CCCACCUUUUACAUAGCAAAACUAAGGACAGGGAUCAGUGGUCACCCUGUGAUUAAAUGGCAUCAGAAAUCACCUACGCUGAGGUGAAGUUCAAGAACGCAUCACCAGCUGCAGUGGUUGAAGUACCUCCUGAGACGAAGAAGCAUGAGCAUCAUCCCCAGAAAUACCCGCCUUGGCUCCCGUGGCUGAUCUCACUGCUGCUCCUCUUGGUGUGCAUUGCCAUCAUUAUUGCUCUCCUUGUCGCUCCCUGCUCCCAUAGUGGUGACCAGCCCACAGCCCUGCGGCAGAGAUUCACGGAGUGGCGGUGCGUCUCGGCAGUGCCGCGAGGCAAAGGGCAAGACUGGACGUGCUGCCCAAAUGGCUGGAAACGCUUUCAAAAGAGCUGCUAUUACGUGUCAGACGACAAGAUGCCCUGGGCUGAGAGUGUGCAGAACUGCACUGGGAUGGGCUCCCACCUGGUGGUGAUCAACAGCAAAGCAGAGCAGGUUUUCCUCACUAACGAGCUACGACAAUCUCGAAUAGGAACGAAUUACUACAUUGGUCUGCGUGCACAGGUGGUGGGCCACUGGCAGUGGGUGGACCAGACUCCGUUUAAUGAGAUGGCAGCGUUCUGGCGGACAGGGGAACCAAGAUGA